AUGAGGAGGCGACCACCUGGCAGUGCUGGCGGCCACGCAGCGCGAGCCUAUUGGGGCCGCUUGUCGAGGCAGUGGCUGAUAUGUGGUCUGGAGUACACGUACAUCCAAAUCACAAGAAGAGUGGCGAACGAGAUCGGAAUGGCGACAAUUCCUGAAUGGAACACAGUCAGUUGGCAGCGGCUCGGAGACCAGCCAUUCCAUCCACUCCUGCUCUUUGGUAACCCUAACGGAGUUUAA